AUGGGCUUGAAGGACCGUUUCGGCCUCUCGCAGAGGCGAAUGUCUGGCGAGGAAGAACUUCCCGCUGGCGUCAUGGGUGAUCCCACCCAUGAGCUCAAGGCCUUCCGCAGACAGCAUAAAUGGGAUCCCUUCUUGGACAACGAGAAGCUCGACACAAUUGAUGAUGCUCUCGCAUCAGAAAACGUCGAGAAACAAGCCGUCGUCGACGAAACCCUCAUUCAGGAAGACUCUCCCUACCCCGAAGUCCGCGCAUCGGUCCCCCCAUCCGACGAGCAGGACAUGCCUGUUGACACUAUCCGAGCUUGGUUUCUUGGUGCGGUGCUGUGCACAGUCGUUGCCGCCUGCAACGUUCUUCUCUCCAUGCAUGUCUCAUCCGCCAACAUCUCAUCCACUGUGGUGCAGUUAAUCGCCUACCCACUAGGCGUCGGUUUGGCCAAUAUUCUCCCGAACAAGGAGCGCAGCUUCUUAGGCUGGAAGUACAACCUCAACCCCGGGCCGUUCAACGUCAAGGAGCACACCAUCAUCACCAUGAUGACUGCUGCUGGCUCAACUUACAGCUACGCCAUCGACAUCUUGCUGGCCCAAGAGGUCUUCUACAAGCAAAGAUUUGGAUGGGGCUUCCAGAUCCUGCUUAUCGUCUCCACUCAAGCCAUGGGCUUCGGCAUUGCUGGUGUUGCUCGUCGUUUCCUGGUCUGGCCUGCAUCUAUGGUCUGGCCUGCUAAUUUAGUAACUUGCACGGUUAUGCAUUCGCUGCAUAAUCAUGUUCCUUCUGACCCCGCCAGUACGAAUGGCUGGCAAAUUUCUCGAUACAGGUUCUUUAUAAUCGUUUCGCUAGUUACCUUUGUGUACCAGUGGAUCCCUGAAGUCUUUGCCACAUUUCUUCAGUACUUCACGUUUGCGUGCUGGAUCGCCCCGAAUAACGUCAUCGUUAACCAGCUAUUCGGCCACGUCUCUGGUCUUGGUAUCUUGCCCAUCACCUUUGAUUGGCUUGGUGUGUCAUCCUGGCUCGGCAGUCCGUUGCAGACGCCUCUCUUCGCUAUUCUUAACGUGGGUUUCGGUCUCCUCAUCUGCUUGAUUGGAGCUAUCGGUCUGGCCUACGGCGGUCCCGUCGAGUACAAGUAUUUACCGCUCAGCGCCAAUAAGAACUGGGACCGCUUCGCCAAACCAUACAAUACCUCCCGAAUCUUGAGCCCUGACUAUACCGUCAACGAGACCGCCUACCAGGCCUACUCGCCCAUCUUGCUUGGCGCAACCUUUUCAAUUUCCUACGGCAUGUCCUUUGCCACUCUCAUGUCCACCAUCUUCCAUUGUGGGCUCUUUUAUGGCCCUGAUAUUUGGCGUCGCGCCUUUAGCUCUCGCUCGGAAGAACCCGAUAUCCACUUGAAGCUCAUGCGCAAGUACAAGGAGGCCCCAGAGUGGUGGUUUGCCAUCAUCUUCGUUGUUUCUUUUGCAUUUGGCAUGAUCGCCUCGCAAGUCUGGACCACUCACUUGCCAUGGUGGGCAUACAUUGUUUGCAUUUUAAUUGGGAUUGUUUUAUUCGUCCCUAUCGGCAUGAUCCAGGCCAUCACCAAUCAGCAACCCGGUCUCAACGUCGUCACUGAGAUGAUUUUCGGCUAUAUGCUCCCCGGACGCCCUAUUGCUAUGAUGUUGUUCAAGUCCUGGGGAUACAUGACCUGUGCCAACGGCCUGACCUAUAUUUCUGAUAUGAAGAUUGGCCACUACAUGAAGGUUCCUCCUCGCAGCAUGUUCUACGCCCAGGCCUUUGCUGUGGUUUGGUUGUCUAUUGUGCAAAUUGCCACCUAUAACUUUGUUAUUGGUAACAUUAAGGGAAUUUGCACGGAUGAGCAGGCUCAAGGACUGAUUUGCCCCAAUGCUGCCACUUUCUAUAAUGCCAGCGUUAUCUGGGGUGUUAUUGGCCCGAAGCGCGUGUUCGGUGCCGGUGGCAUCUACUCUUGGACUAACUGGUUCUGGUUCAUUGGUGCCGCUUGUCCAACCAUUCAGUACUUCGUCGCCAGGCGCUACCCCCGCUCUUUUGCUCGAUAUAUCAUCUGGCCUGCCAUCUUUAGUGCUUGCGGCCUCGUUCCUCCCGCUACCCUUUACUAUCUUCUCCCUUGGGUCAUUGUCGGCGUCAUUUUCAACGGCUUCAUCCGACGCUACUUCUUUGGCUGGUGGUCUCAGUACAACUUUGUUCUCUCCGGCGCGCUGGAUAUCGGCUCACGUCUUUGCGUCGUUAUCGUCGCCCUUGCCCUUGGUCUCAGUGGUAAGAACUUCCCUGACUGGUGGGGAAAUGUUGUCUACACUGAGACAUUGGAUUACACGAGGAAGGCUGUUACGCGGAAGUUUAUUCCCAACGUCACGGAGCCCAUUGGCCCGUCAUCAUGGUAG